AUGUUGCUCGCCAUCACAAACUUCAACGUUGUUAUCAGCGUGGUGGGCGGCUGGCUCGUUCUGGUCGGCGUCUUCUCACACCUCCUCAGCGACGCCUUCUACCUUUCCGAAGCCCUUGUCUCGCUCCUGGGCGGCGUUACAUUCACCCAUGUCGCGAAACUGUUCAAGCCCGUAGAAUAUGUCGUCUCCGAGGACGCCGUCGCCUCAGUCACGCUCGACUUCAGCCGCCUCGUCCUCGGCAUCCAGCUCGUCCUCGAGGGCAUCCGGCUGCCCAGGCGCUACCUGCGCACCGAGUGGAAGUCGCUCGCCCUGCUCCUGGGCCCCGGCAUGCUCGGCAUGUGGGCGUGCAGCAGCGCCGUCAUCUGGCUGCUCGUGCCGGGCCUGCCGCUCCUGCACGCCCUCGCCGUCGCCGCGUGCAUCACCCCGACGGACCCGGUGCUUUCCAGCACCAUCGUCAAGGGCAAGUGGGCCGACGAGAACGUCCCCGAGGAGCUGCAGCAGAUCAUCGUCGCUGAGUCGGGCGCGAACGACGGCCUCGGCUACCCGUUCCUCUUCAUCGCCCUGUAUCUUAUCAAGUACGCCACUGCCGAGUCAAGUGCCGACGGCGGGACUCUGAAGGCGCUGGAGCUCUUCUUCGGACAGACUUGUGUCUACGUGGUGCUGAUGAGCGUCCUGUAUGGCGCGGUCGUGGGCCUUCUCGCCCAGAAGCUCCUCUCCUGGGCCGAGCGGCACAAGUACGUCGACCGCGAGAGUUUCCUCCUUUUCCCCAUCGGCCUCGCCAUCUUCAUCAUCGGAACCUGUGGAAGCCUGGGUAGCGACGACGUGCUGGCGUGCUUUGUAGCCGGCAAUGCCUUCACCUGGAACGACUGGUUCCGCAUCAAGACGCUCGACGACCCGCUGCAGCCCUCCAUGGAGAUGUUGCUCAACCUGGCCGUCUUCAUGUGGUUCGGCGCAGUGUGUCCGUGGGGGAGUUUCUGGUCGUCCGAUCUGAUCCAUCCGGUCCGGCUGUUCGCCCUCGGAGCCCUCAUUCUCCUCCUGCGACGCAUUCCUACCAUCCUUGGCCUGCAUCCCUACAUUCGCCAGAUCCAGGGGCGCCAGCAGGCCAUGUUUGUCGGCUACUUUGGGCCCAUUGGCGUCUCCGCCAUCUUUUAUCUCUACGUCGGCUUGGAGUUUCUAGAUACCGUUUCCAGCGAUGAUGGGCAACGGGAGGACGCAAAGCAGCUGGGCGAUACCAUGAUGGUCGUCAUCUGGUUCUUGGUCAUUUGCAGCAUUGUGGGUGUCCCUAUGCCGCUGAUUUUGUGUGACUUCCUUUGGUUUUGUCACUCUUAA